AUGCUACAGUCACAAACACUGUUGUUUGAAAAUGGAAGUGAUUUUGAUAAAGAAAUGGUUGAAGCAUUCACCAGUGCAGAUAUUCCGCUUGAAAAAUUAAAAAAAGAAAAACUGAGAUUAUUUCUUGAGAAAUAUAUGAAGAAACCGAUCAAAAGUGUUUCAGCACUGCGGGCACAUCAAAAAACUAUCUUCAACCCAGUGACAGAAAAAUUUAAGGACGAAAUUAAUGGACACGAUAUCUAUUUCAUUGUUGAUGAAACUAGUGACAAAGUGCAACAUAAAGUGGUCAACGUGCUUGUAGGAAAAUUGAAUGGCAAGAAAGCAAAAUCAAUGUUUUGA